AUGGUGGAUAUUGGCGAAAAAAUCGUCUCCUUCAAGAAAAAGCUUGCUCUCUGGAGAGAAAAGUUGGCCAAAGGAAACAUUGCAGCUUUUCCAGAACUAAGUGCUAUGUUGGAAGAUUCAUCAGAUAUAUUCCUGCCUGAUAUCAGAAAUAUUGUCGAAGAUCAUCUGAGGAAUCUUCAGGAAGAAAUAGACAGGUAUAUUGACUUGAAAAAGCAUAGCUGGAUAAGGAAUGCUUUCACUGUGAAUGUCACAGAGGUUGGAGAAGAUAUUCCAGGAUUUCAAAAACUUACAGACCUCCAGGGAAAUCAAGUGCAGAAGCAAUGCUUUGAAAACCUCCAAUGUUCAAAAUUUUGGACUCAAUUCAAGGAUAAUCCCAUUCUGACUCGGGAGGCUGAAAAAGUUCUUCUCCCUUUUCCAACAACAUAUCUCUGUGAACAAGGGUUUUCAAGUCUUGUUACGAUUAAGACUAAAGCAAGAAACCGGCUGGAUCUUCAGCAUGACUUGCGGUGUGCUCUAGCAACGAAUAUAAAGCUCAGAUUUGAGAACCUCGUCCACAAACUGAAACAGUUUCAAGGUAUCCACUGA